GGCCGUCUGCAGAGGGACUAUUCGCGAGAAUCAAAAUCGAAUAAUUUUUUACGGAGCGGAACAAAAUAAAUCUUAUUAUACGCACGUCAAGUGCACUUAAAUAUUUAGUGUACAUGUCAAAGCGCACCGAUGAAGAUUCACUACUUCUUUGACAAUUCUAUAUACUUCCACAUACAAAGAACUGUACUCAGUAUGGUUCAAAUUGAGCAUGUUACAGCUUCACACAUCCAACAACUCUGUCCUUCGAACGUUCGGAAGCAAGAGGAGCCAGACUCGGUUGAUUGGGAAACGGGUUCUGCAGCCAUUACGCUAGGAGCCGCACGGGAGAUUCAUAGAUCCUACAACCCGACACAUUCCGACCGGAAGCUGCCAGUGAAGGACAACGUCGGGGCGCUCAAACUCUGGCUCACCGUGCACAGCGCCAACCCCUACCCGAACAAACCCGAGAAGAUCAUGCUCGCCAUCUUAAGUGACAUGACUUUGACGCAGGUGGCCACGUGGUUCGCGAAUGCAAGACGGAGGCUUAGAAAGAGCUACGCAGGCGAUCCUUUGAUCAAUAACUGCCAUAGGGCUUGUCCCCAUUGAACACAAUGAGACGAGAUUUUGUAUUCAGUAUUUUCCAGCACUAGCUUAUUCAAAUAUAUCGUCAUUUGUAUUACUUUAUAGUGUGUUUUAGUAAAGCGUAAACCUGUAAAACGCAUACACUAAUUGAAGUUAACGCAGGGAAAAUUUCAUAAGAGAAAAAAGAGUGAAACUUGUUCUGUGUCAAUUUAAUUGUAUCCCUGCUGGAUACGAACUGAGUAACUGAAUUAAGAAAAUGGUUACACAUUGCUAUCACAAUUUCAAAAAAAAAAUACUCCCGUUAUACUUUAUUCAGUAUUUUAAUCUUAAUUGUGAUUUGACUGUAUUUGUUUGCGUUCCUUUCCGUGUUUAGGGUAUUUUAAAUUACUAGUAUUAUUUAUUUAGACACGUACCCAGUCCUUAAUUUUUGAUUGCCAUGACGACAGCUAUUCAAUAUUAUUUUAAUAAUUACUUUUCAUACACGAGAAAAUGACUGCAUGUGCAGUGCAACUAUUUGGUUGAUGGCAUAGUAAUAGAAUUAAGACAAACGACACACUUCGCAGCAUCAAUUUUCACGAUUUUUGAAAUGACUUAAAAUCGUAUUAAUUGAAAACCCGAACAAUCAAACUAUAUAUGUUGACCUUUAUGUGUGACCACGGCAUUUUGACCCAUGGGUAUGAUUUGAUCUAUACAAGCCCUCUCAUCGAGAAACAAUUUGUGUCAAUGUUGUUUUAAUCGCUUUAUUCGUGGCCAUUAACACGCAUUUAUAGCAUCAACUUGUUUAUACAUGUAUAAGGUUUUUUAAAUUGUUUUUGCCGAUGUUUAUAUUGUUAAUCAUACACGUAUUUUAAAAUUUUCGGUUUCAUGUUUUGUAAAAUAUCGUGUUAGUAAAUUGCUUUAUUUAAAAGUACUGGAGGUUAAUAGUAAUUUUCUCUAAAUAAUUUAUCAGGAGUUUCUUUCUUUCGUCAGAUAUGAAGGACCAGGCCAAAGAAUAUUGUAAGUGUGGCUAGGUUGCUUAUGUUUUGUCGUUAUUUUAUUUCACAACAAUAAAUCAAUAAAUUAACCUUUGUUUGGUAGUGGUGCAGCAACUUAUGUUGCAAAAAAUAA